AUGCGGGGCGCGGAGUCGCCUUCCCUGCCCGGCUUCCUUGGGGCCCCCCUUGCCUGCCUCCCCGCGUCGGUCGCACAGAGGCAGCGCGCGAGCGGGCAGGUGCGCGCCGUGCCGGCGACGCCUGUUGCGGGAAGGAGGUCCUCAUCCCCGGGAGAGGUGUUUGCUGAGGUGAACGUUGACCUGGAACGGUUUGGAGCUCGUAUGAGAGAUGAAAUUGACUUCCUGGGCCGUGAGUGUGAACUAAACCCCCCUAGAUUACAGCAGUUUGAUGCCUGGGGGCAGCGUGUGGACCAAAUAAUCACCUGCCCAGCCUGGAAGAGGAUGAAGGACAUCUCUGCUGAGGAGAGCCUUGUGGCCGAAGGGUAUAAAAGGAGAUAUUCCAGUUGGAGCCGUGUUCAUCAAACUGCCAAGCUGUAUCUUUUUAUGCCAUCUUCUGGCUGCUACGGGUGCCCUCUAGCCAUGACUGAUGGAGCAGCAAAAACAAUUGAGAUUACAGUGGUACUUCGGGUCACGAGAGGUGGAACAGAAACAAUCGCACGGGAACUUCCAGAUGGCUCCUACAGCCUGCACGGUUUCAAAUGGUUCACAUCGGCCACCGAUUCAGAUAUGACUCUGACCCUGGCAAGGAUCAUGGCUGCUGAUGGGCAGAUAAAACAGCUGGAUGGAGCUCGAGCACAUCUGAUCUCUGCAGAAGGCCAGGGUAUAGCUUGCAUUGCCAACAUGCUGAACAUCUCUAGGAUUUAUAAUGCCAUCUUUGCAGUUGGAAGUAUGAGAAGAAUUGUCCACAUGGCACGGGAUUAUGCUACCAAGAGAGAGGCCUUUGGAAAACCCCUUAAGGAUCACCCCUUGCAUAUUCAAACUUUGGCACGAAUGGAGGUGCAAACCCACGGAGCAUUCCUGCUGAUGAUGGAGACUGGGAGACUGCUUGGCCUGGAAGAAACAAAGAAGGCGACGGAGCAGGACGAGCACAUGCUGAGGCUGCUGACACCAGUCAUUAAACUGUACACUGCAAAGCAGGUCACAUUCACGUUUCUUCCAGGGGCUCAGUGCUUUCCCACGAUGGGCGAAGCGUUUGUCUAUACAGGCCAGAUGUUAAUGGAUCCGGGGGGAGGGAGAAUCCAUGCAGGCUGUCAUAGAAGGACCAGGCUAUCUCAUGAAAGA